ACUGAAUAAAUGACGUUUCACCAUCCGUUCCGUGCCGUUUGUUUUGUCAAGCAACUUGCUUCAGUUGUCAAAAGUAUUUUUGUGAGCGCUCGCGAGUGAAAAACGGUACUGCUUCCUAAUUACCGUUUUAAUUAAAAUACGAUUGUUUACUACUUAGUUAUAAGCUACACGUAAUUAAAACAUACAGGCAAAUAAUGAAAUUCGCGUGCUAAAGUGACUGUAAUAAAAAAUACGUUAGUAUUACAAUAAAAAUCAGUUUAAUCUAUCGACAAUGGUGAAAGAUGGACGUAAAUAUCGGUCGUUGUCGAUCUAGCUUGUCGUUUUGACGCCGACGCUUUAUGAAAUGUGAACAAGUGCAACAGAAAUUGAGGAUUUUUUGAACCACAGUACACGGCUCAGCCAUGGCUGACGAGUCCAGCGUUCGUGUUGCUGUCAGGAUCCGUCCACAGACACCAGCUGAGGUGGUCGAGGGUUGUGGUAUAUGUGCUCGAGCUGGCGGACCUGCUGGCGAGGGUGGGGUAGCCCUGGGAUCAGAGCGCGCCUUCACCUUCGACUACGCCUUCGAACCAUCAUGUUGCCAGCAAGCAGUAUAUGACACUUGUGUCAGGAAGCUGGUGGAAGCAGCCUUGGAUGGAUACAAUGCUACCGUGCUUGCAUAUGGACAGACUGGCUCCGGCAAAACCUAUACCAUGGGCAGUGGCUGGGAAGGCGAGGGGGAUGGUGACGAAGAGCGUCGUGGGAUCAUCCCCCGAGCCAUCAGAGACUUGUUCGCCGGCGCAGAGGCAAGGGCGGACGAAGCACGCGCGCAGGGACAGUUACCACCAGAAUUCUCCGUACAAGCACAGUUCAUUGAACUCUACAAUGAGGACAUCGUCGACCUUCUAGAUCCUGCUAAAGAUCCUUUUGCUAAGGGCGCACUCAGGAUAACAGAAGAUGGUUGCGGCGGCGUUCGCAUAGUAGGGGCUUCGAUGCGAGCGGUGAGAGGUGCUCAAGAGGCAUUGGGGGCAUUAAGAGCAGGUGCCCUCGCCAGGACCACGGCAGCUACCAACAUGAACUCCUCAUCCUCACGAUCACAUGCAGUAUUUACUCUCUUACUCCGACAGAGGAGACUGGCACCAGACCAGGAUACGUCGGUAGAUAGAGAUGCAGACUCCGAAGCACCCGAACAAUACGAGACACUUACUGCGAAGUUCCAUUUUGUUGAUUUAGCUGGAUCUGAAAGAUUAAAACGAACAGGUGCAACGGGCGAGCGAGCAAAAGAAGGUAUAUCAAUAAACUGCGGGCUCCUAGCUCUUGGCAAUGUGAUAUCAGCUCUUGGAGAUCGUUCUAGAAAAGUACUACACGUUCCGUACAGGGACUCGAAACUAACGAGGUUACUCCAGGAUUCAUUAGGAGGGAACAGUAAUACAGUCAUGAUAGCCUGUGUGUCUCCUAGUGAUAGGGAUUUCAUGGAGACGUUGAAUACACUGAAAUACGCGAACAGGGCGAGGAAUAUCAAGAACAGAUGUGUGGUGAACCAGGACCUGACGUCGAGGACUAUACACCAGUUGAGGCAGGAGGUGGCCAGGCUGCAGCUCGAGCUUGCUGAAUAUAAACAGGGUAAACGUGUGAUAUCAGAAAACGGCGAGGAGGGCUGGAGCGACGUAGUCCAAGAAAAUGCAAUACUGACCGGCGAGGUGGAGUCUCUAAGACGGAGAGUGAAGGCCAUGCAGGGUACUAUCGAGCAGCUGUCGGCCAGGAACAGUGAGCUCAUUGCUGAGAAGGCGCUCGGGAACUACACUACUAAAGAUGGCAGCCCUGAUACUAAUGACUGCUCACUGACUGCACUUGUGCAAGGUUACGUAAGCGAAAUAGAAGACCUUCGAGCUCAACUGUUGGAAUCCAACGCGAUGUACGAAGCGAGUCGCAAGCGCGAGGCGACGGUCGCUCGUACCAGACACGACUCCGUCCAGGAUCCGUCACUCAUCAUCGAUGAUGCUAAACGGGAACUGUAUAAGGAGAAAGAGUUACUGGCGCGUAGCAUGGGAGAGUUAGAAUUCCAGCGCAAACUGAAUAUGAGCGAGAGCAUGACGAGUGCGGUCGACGACAGGCCUAUAGGAGAGAGGGAGAGGGCCGAGGGAGAGAGUGCAGAGGACUCUGAACCUUCGGACGGCGAUGGAGAGGCUAGCGACUCUGAGGAAGAGGAUUCUGAAGUUAAAGGUCAGCGCGUCCUCUCCGCCCAGUUAGCGGCGCUGAGCGAGGACAUAGACACCAAGGCGCGACUCAUAGAACAACUGGAGCUGUCGCAGCGACGACUGGCGGCACUCAGGACGCACUACGAGCAACGACUGGAUACACUACACCAUCAGAUCAAAGCUACCAAUGACGAAAAGGAUAAAGUGCUCGCGUCACUUGCAAGCCAGGCGUCCCCUCCAAGCGAGAAGCUGAAGCGAGUGAAGGAAGAAUACGAGCGGCGCGUGGGCAGCAUGUCGCGGGAGCUGAAGCGCCUGCAGGCCGCCGCGCGCGAGCACACGCGCCUGCAGCGCUCGCAGCAACACGCCGCCCUGCAGCUCGCCACGCUGCGGACCGAGCUCACCGCCAUGAAGAGGGACAAGGUGAAACUAGUACAACGUAUGCGCGAGGAAGCCAAGCGACACGCGCAAGCUGAAGCAGCUCGAGCUAAAGAGGUAGCACAACUGCGCAAAGAAUCUCGUAAGAACGCCAACUUGAUCCGAUCAUUGGAAGCUGAGACAAAGAUGAAGGAAGCGGUGUUACGUCGUAAACAAGAAGAGGUAUCAUUAUUAAGGAGAGGACAUCGUGACAAGCUCAGCAGUCGAGCGGCGGGCAGGUUGCAUGAGCGCGCGCAGGCCCGCGCGAGCAAGAGCUGCCGCGAGGCGUGGUCCCGGCUGGAGUGCUGGGUGUCGCGCGCCGUGGCCGCGCGCGUCACGCUGGGCGAGCUGGAGGCCGCCAUGGAGCGCCUGCUGGCGCAGCGCGAGCGUGCCAGGGGCGCCAGCGACCCCGACACGCUGCAUCUACUGCGCUACCUGCGGGACGCCAUCGCCGACACACAGGCGCAGAUCAUGCAGAUUGAGGAGGAGAACGACGAGAACCAGUUACCAGUGGUGCUGGAGCAGGUGUGCAGCGCGGAGGCGGGCCGCUACUCGCUGUCGCGGCUGGCCGCGCUGACGCUGCAGCACGCGCAGGACGCCGCGCGGCAACACAAGCUGCUGCACGACACGCGCGCGCAGCUCGCGGAGGAGCAAUCGGAGCGUUCUGCGGCGGCGCUGCGAUUGGCCAGCGCGGACCAGAACCUGAACCCGUGGGGCGUGCCUGCCGCGCUGUCUGCACUACUGCAACACGUGUCCUCCGGCACCUCUACACGAUCCGUGUCGCCUGUAGACAGCUCGCUACUAGAUGUACGUCCCAGUAACGGAGUCCGUGAGUCUAGUACGGCGCCCACGUCUCCGCCUGACGACAACACGCCCUCACCCUUCCAGAGGAACACUCAACGUCGCGGUUCAGUCCGUCUUCGCGACCUGGGCGUGAUAGGUCGGGACGAGGACCCGAUGACUCAGUCCAUGGUGGAGCCCGCCUCACCACGACCCAUACCACUCAGUCGCGUGCCUAGUGCUCCUGGAAGUCUCAGAGGUCUCCAGCCCCUGAACAGUAGUGGCGGAGUGCUGGCGUCUCCAGUAGCAGUGCGGCGCCCCCCCGCUCCCCCCGAGUCCCCGCGUCCCCCCCGCCGACAGCUCUCCAAGCCAGCCUCAUUGUACAGAGCCGAGUGCGACCGUCGGCACUCCCCCAGCGUCGCCGGGCGCCGCGCGGAGAGCGCGAGAUGAUGACGUCUUCCUCCGUCUCACGGGCGCUGGCAACGAUAAUACUCCUCAGGGCGUCGUCAAAGAAAUUGCUUUGAAGCGUACGAGUGGCAGUGGCGGCAGCGGCACGGGCGCGUGGCUGCAGUGUACGCACGUGGCCGAGGGACACGCCGGCGCCGCGCUCGCACUCGCCGCCACGCCAGACCUGCUCUACAGCGGGGGAGUCGAUCGUACAGUGCGUGGCUGGGACUUCGUGGCGGGUACAGAGACGUGGCGCGGGUGGUGCGGAGGCAGCGUGGGCGCGCUGGCGGCCGCCGAGCGCCUCGUGCUGGCCGCCGCCGGCGCCGCCGUCAGGCUCUUCGAUACACGGUCCCGUACUCCCGUCACUACGCUCUGGUCGUCAGGAGUGACAGGUCCGUGCCCAGCUAACCGCGGCGUGGGCGGCGAGGUGGCCGUCACUGCACUCGCGCUCGCACAGAACCAUCGCUUGUACACCGCCGUCGGAGACAAACUCAGGCUGUGGGACCUCAGGAUGAUGGAGUGCGUGUGCAAGCUGUGGACGGGGCACGCGGCGGCCGUGAUGUGCCUGGCCGUGGGCCGCGCCGGGCCCGGGGACCUCGUGGCCACCGGCUCCAAGGACCACUACGUGCGCACGCUCGACAUGCUGCCACAGGACACUGGUAAUUACGAAGCAAGCAAUCGAUGGCUACUAGAGCCGCCUCACUACGACGGCGUACAAGCUCUAGCACUGAGCCAAGAAGACGGCGCGUUGUACAGCGCGUCUCGAGACACAAGCCUUAAGCGGUGGAGUCUCACUGACCACACACUCACGCAUGGAGUUAUGAAUGCGCAUAAAGGCUGGGUGACGGGCGUGUGCGUGGUGGGCGCGGGCGGGGCCGGGCUGGUGGCGAGCUGCGGGCGCGACGCGGCGCUGCGCCUGUGGAGCGGCGCGCUGCGGCCGGCCGCCGCGCCCGCCGCGCUGCCCGACCUGCCGCACGCCCUGCGCGCGCACCCCGCCGCGCCCGCGCUCUACACCGCCGGCAAUAACAAUCAAACUAUUCCUGGUAAACUAGUGGGGCCACCGUUUUUUGAAUCACCUGAUGGCGCAAAUUUAGAAGAGAUUAUAUGUCCAAUUACUGCUUCUGUCAAAUACUGA